AUGGGCAGCUCAUUUAGCAAAGAUGGAGCGGUUACAAAGUUUGUUGAAAAGGUACCAGUGGCAGGUUAUGGUGUGUCAGCCGUUCAUGCAAUUGCUGGCAAUCAAGAACAUGCAAAACGAGCAGCUGCUAACGCCACCAAUGCUACAUUGACAACGGCUGGAGCGAUAGCUGGAGGAAUUGUGGGUGGGCCUGCUGGUGCGAUGGCCGGAGCUGCUGCUGGCAAUGCAGUCGGCAUUGGUUCUGAACACGGAAUUAGCAAACACAUCAAUGAUCCAGAAGUUCGAAAACAAGUUGGUGACGUGUCUGCCCAACGAUUUGUAACUGAUUUAGGAUUUUCAGCAAUUGGAAGCGGGAUGGGCUCUGUUGGAAGUACGGCUGCCAAAGAAGUGAUGCGCGAGGCAGGAGUUGAGGGACUGAAACACACAGCUGGCGCGUUUGUUGCAGGACAAGUAACUGGUGGGACGUUUGCUGCAGCACCAAAAACUUUGGCUGACCAAGCAAGGCAGCAACAAAAAGAAAACCAAUCUGAGUCCAAAAAGGAAGCCAUUCCAGUGGCAAUGGGGAGUGCCAUGCUCGACAUGUCACAACUGGAAGAACAGCAACAAGAUCAAUCCAUCAAUACGGCUGAUCUACAACGAUUGCGGGAGAUUCAAGAUGAAGUACGCGAAUUGCACAAAACUAUUCGGGAUGCCGAGAUGGAACUUGAACAACUUGAUCGUCAAAUUGAAACACUUCGCGAAGAACAGCAAAAAGCUGAGCAGGAGUUGAAUGAGCUCAUCACUGAACUCCAGCAGCUCACGCAGCAAGUCCAACGCAUCCAAGAAGAACUACAAAAGUUGCGAGACGCCGAACAUCGACUUGCUGUCGAACGUGAUCAGCUUCAAGCGACCCUCACUCAACAUCAACAAGCGCUCGAACAGGAAAAGAUGAAAGUACGCGAAAUCGAAAAUCAAAUGCAAAUACUCGAAAACGAAAAACGACUCAUCGAACAACAACGACAAGAACUCGCCGAAGCGCUGCGCACCGCUGAAAACGAACAGCAAGAGAUCAAUCAACAAAUAGCUAAGCUUGAAUCCGAACAAGCACAACUCGAACAACAGAUCAAUGCACUUCGCCAAGAGCUCGCUCAACUUCAACAAACAAUCCAACAACUCACUCAACAAAUCCAACAAGCUCAACAAGAAAUCGCUCGAAUUGAGCAAGAGAUCGCCGAACAAACGGCCAAAACGCAAGAACUAGAAGCAGCUAUACAACAAAUCGAAGCCGAAGUAGCUCGUAUUCAAGAAAAUAUUCGACAUGUCGAACAACUUCUUGCCGAAAAGGACGUACAACAGAAGGAUAUCGAACAGGAAAUUCAGCAAAAGGCUGAAGAAAAACAAACGGUCGAGAAGGAAUUGCAAGCAGCCGAAGAAGCGCUCAGAACAUUGCAAACUGAAUUAGAAACAGUCAAAGCUGAACUAGCAAAUCAGCGAGAAAAACUGGCUGAGGCCCAAAGACAAGUAGCCGAAUGUGAAGCAAAACUGCAGCAAGCCGAACAAGAACUUACUCAGACCAAACAAGGCGUCGAACAAGCUGAACAGGAAGUCACACGUGCGAAAGAAGAAGUCGAAAAGAUUACGCAAAAUGUUCAGGCUAAGCAGCAAGAACUGACCGAAGCUACGAAUGAAAAAAAUCGUCUCGAUCAAUUGCUUGCUGAAAAAGAAAAGGAACUUCAACAGCUCAUCGAAAAUACACAACGGCUGGAGCAGGAAGUGACCAAUUGCAAAACAGAACUCGAUGCUGCUAUUCAAUUGCUUAAUCAAAACAUCGAAACACUUCGGAAAGAAGAGGAAGCUGAACUUCAGAAACAAAAAGAGGUCGAAGAUCAAGAAAAUGCGCUGAAUGAAGCACAGAAUGAGGCUGAUAAGGCUGAACAAGAAGAAAGUCAAACAAAACGAGAAUAUGAUGAAGCCAUGCGUGAAGAACAAAAUGCUCGAAACCAACUGGAAGAGGCUAAAAUAAUACUCCAAAAAGCCGAAGCUGUAUUACAAGCAGCUCAGAUAGCUGCCGAAGCGGCUGCUACUCUCAAUAACAUGAAGAUCGAUAGUAAUGCCACGGCGAAUGUUGGUGCCGCUGAAGCAGCUGUAACGCAGGCUCGAGCAUCACUCAGUGACAAGGAAGGCAACUUAUCGAAUGCAACCACCAAGCGAGAAAACACAUAUACUUCGUAUCAAACAGCUAUCUCUAAGAAUAGCGCUGCUAAGGCGAAACUAGCUACCAAGAAGAGCGAAUUGGAAACGAAGCGGAACGAAUUGAAACAACAAAUAGAAGUCAAAAAUAGCGCCAAACAACACGUAGAACGACAACAAGGCAUUGCCAAAGAUCUUACAACCAAACAUACUGAUCUCACUACAAAACUCGCAACGGCCAAGGAUGAACAAACGGCCAAGACAAAUGAUGUCAAUGAUCAUCGAGCUCAAGUACAGAAACAGGUAGAUCGACUGCAAACGCUUACUGGCGAGUUGAAAACAAUAAAAGAUCAGCUUAACAACGCUCAACAGAAUCUGACCAAGGCAGAACAAGUAAGAACUGAAGCAACAGAAAAAAUGCAAGCAGCUGAAGCUAAAGUUACGACGAUGAAAGCAGAAUUGGAUGGAAAGAACGUAGCAUAUCGUGAGGCAGAAUCCACAGUAAAACAAAAAGAACAAGAAGUCGAGAAGAAACAAAAUGAGCUCACCACUCAACAGACUACUGUCUCAACUGCUAAACAGUGUAUAGCAACUUUGGAGUCAGAAUUGGCCCAACGAAAAAUGAGGAAAGACGAAUUAGACAGAGAAAAGAAAGAGCAACAGAAUCGAUUGGGUGCUGAACAAGGCAAAUGUGAAAAGCUCAAAGCCGAACAACAACAGAUCAAAUCGAAGCUUGAAGCAGCUCAGCAGCAAAAGCAACAAUUGAGCAAACAACAACAAGACUUCCAACGACAAUUAGAAAGCCAACAAGAAACUAUGAACAGAAAGAAUAUUGAGAUACAAAAUACCGAAGGAAAAAUGCAACAGAAACAUCAAGAACUUGCAAAGAAGAACCAGGAGCGUGAUCAGCGUAAAGCUCAAGUCCAGCAGGUCAAAGAAAAGAUUAUGAAGAAUGGAAGAGAUUUACAAGAAAAAGACGCUGCUAUUGGACAAAUGAGAAGAAAAGCACAAGAACAGACGAAUGCCAAACAAGUGAGUGUCGAUUGCUUCGUAAAAGGAUUCAAACACUCAAAAUCAGAUGAUCUCAUUCUAACAAUGCCUAUUAAACUGAAACCAUAUCUGAGCGAGCUGCAUCUUUUUGUUCCGCACUAA